CCCCACAGGAGUAUGUGUUUCCAGUCAGGGUUACCAGGUUGGCGUGUUUCCAGUCAAAUUGGGCUACUAAUUUAAAGCCCUGGCAGGGUUUGAAAGUACAACAUAUCCAAGCCUGCCACCCCACUUCAACAGCAUCUUCAGAAAUGUAAGAGCAAUCAGCUGCCUGUGUCAAGCUCUACAGACUUCCGGCAACAAUUCCAUCACGUGACACUGAGGAGUGGGUGACGUGUGCUCUGUGCUUCUGCUGGGCUGUCCGUAUGCAUUGUUAUACGUGGAGGUAGGAUAUCCACUCUGCAUCCUUCUUCUGCUCCAAGUUGCACCCAAAGGACCACUGUUUCAAACUGAAAUGGCUUCCUCAGAUGACUUCAAAUUUACAGAGUUUGAUGAUGCAGCAAGUUUGCUAGCUGCCAACCGUGAUGCAACCACAGUAAGUUUCGGUGAACCAGAAGGCAGAGGAAAAAAUCAAAGGGGCAACAGAUCUCGGGAGGAUGACCAUUUUAUGUCUAGUGAAGUCUCUGAUAAAACAGAGUUACUUGGGGGACAGAAAAAGCAAGUCCCUUUUUGGACAUUUGAAUACUAUCAGACAUUCUUUGACAUUGACACUUUACAGGUCCUUAAUAGAAUUAAAGGUUCAGUAUUACCAAUACCAGGAAGAAAUUUUAUAAGGUUGUACGUGCGAAGCAAUCCAGACUUGUAUGGUCCAUUUUGGAUUUGUGCUACACUGAUUUUCACCAUAACCAUAAGUGGGAAUCUAUCCAACUUUCUCCUUCACCAGGGCAAGCCCAAGUACCACUAUGUACCAGAGUUUAGGAAAGUAUCAAUUGCUGCCACUGCAAUCUAUGCCUAUGCCUGGUUGGUGCCUCUGGCUCUCUGGGGAUUCCUAACAUGGAGACAAAGUAAAGUGAUGAGCAUGGUGUCCUACUCUUUCCUGGAGAUUGUGUGUGUUUAUGGAUACUCACUCUUCAUCUAUAUCCCCACUUCUAUUUUGUGGAUUAUCCAUGCUGAGAUUUUGCGCUGGGUACUUAUGGCUCUUGCAAUGAGCCUAUCUGGGGCCGUCCUUAUGCUAACUUUCUGGCCAGCUGUGCGUGAAGAAAACCGCAAGAUUGCUGUCACCACCCUAGUGGUCAUCAUGCUUCUCCAUGCCUUGUUGGCAGUUGGCUUUGUGGAGUAUUUUUUUGAUCCUCCAGAGGAAAACUAUUCAACCCACACUAGGGACUCUAUUAAUGCAACAAGAGAAAUCGUGCACACUCACUAAUUAGGACAUGAAUAACGAAGGAUAUUGACCAGAUCUUUGGUGACUCUACACGUCGGCAUCCCAGUCCUGGCUUUAGCAAGUGCUUUUGUCUUUGAAUGCAUUUAUUAGUUUGCCGCCUUUGGUACCCUGAGCAUGGAGCAUGUGAAGUCUAUAAAGUCCUUGGACUGAGCAAGCUCCAAAAAAUACAGCUGAUGAUGCAGUCUGCAAUGAUGAAUUCAAGCAGUAGGAAGUGACCUGCAGAGAAUCUGAACUGAUACUUGGAUGCCAAAACAAAUGUACAACUUUGGGGUACACCGUAAGCAAACACAAUAUUGUUAUUUAGAUUGACAGAAGCCACUGUUUUUGGUUAUUUUCCAGGUAUCUAUUUCAAUCAUGGGCCCAAAAUGAGUUCUGCUUGUUUGGAGGGAAGUGAAAUGCUAUUAAUUUGUAGACAGUGAUCUAUUGAUUUCAUAGUUGCUGUCUCAAGUCUAACAGUGGUGGACUACUUGGUUUAAGGGCAUUAUUUAUUUAUAAUUUUAUUUAUAAUCACUGGGCAAAAAGACAAUUCAUAGGAUAUGGUUUAUAAUCCUUUUACAUCAUCCAUGGAACAAAUGUGUGACAUAAGGCAAUAACCCUAAUUUUACCUUACCAGAAGAAGACAAAUCUGUAAGAGAAGAGGUUUGAUAAUUGAUAUUUAAAGAUCUACGGGAAAAAAAAUUAAUUGCACUAAAACACUAAUUAAAUUAAAUGCUGAGCUACAAACAAGGUUGUGUGCUAGUCCUUUCUUGCACAUAGCACUAAUAACACUAAUUGCUGCCACUCCCAUAUGUCUUUUUCAAAUUACUAUAUAUUUGAGGCAGAGCCACACAAAGGACUGCAAGUUAUUAAAUAAGAACCAUUCAACCCUGUUGGGCAAAACAGAAAAGUAUCUCUAUUAUUUAUUUCCAGCAUUUUUAUGCACCUGCUUUUCUCACAACUAGAGAAAGUAGAGUCAGUAGAGAGAGUUUGUUUGUAUUGUGCUGUCUGUAGGAAGUAUUUUGACAGAUAUUACUAUACAGACUCUGCCUCAACACUGACAUAGAGCAAACAUGUAAACCAAUGCCUCACGCUCCCUAUAGUUUGUGAUUUGGCCUAUAUAAAUGUAUGAAACCUAUUUAUAAGAUGGGUCAAGUAGCCAUCCACUAAUCACUUGUGUGGCCUUGCUUAUGGGGUAACCAGACCAGAGGUACAUGUAAAAAAUAUAUUUGGUAUCCGUGCACUGUGUAUUUUGAUAGCUGCACUUUUUAUUAGCGGUUUGUUAAACCUGAAAUUUUGUUGAACAUAUUGAACAUAUCUCCUCAUGGAUAUUUUACUCUGCUCUUAGUGUGGGCGUUCACUAAACAGGUAUGACUUUAUAAAUAUAGUUGUAACCUGUACCAACCAGUCAGCAAUCCAAUCUUAUCUUCCAACUUCAGUUGUGCCAACAAAAACAAAAAUAUUUUGGUUGCUAUGGCUUAAAACUCUUAAAUACAUAUUCAUACAGCUGAUUACAUUCGCUUAAAUGCUAGCGAAUGUUUUGCUUUAUCAACUGCCUUAACCCAGACUUCUUAUCAAUGUUCUCUGUAUGUGAUAAUUAAUAAAAGUCAUGAGUAACCAAAGUGGGGAUGUAAAUGGGCAAAUAGAAAAAUUGUAAAUGUAUCUGCAUUGUUCCUCAUUAUUAUUAUUAUUAUUAUUAUUAUUAUUAAUAAUAAUGUAGAUUUGAUAAUUCACAAUAGAUUGUUGCUGUAAAUGGCAUUUAAUGACAAUCAUUAAACAUGAAGUUUGUCUUUUCUCUA